AGGAGUGGCUGGGGCUGGGGGACUCCAUGCGGGGGCCAUGGACAGAGCGGCUCUCCUGGGACUGUCCCGCCUGUGCGCUCUGUGGGCAGCCCUGCUCGCGCUGCUCCCUUGUGGAACCCAAGGAAACUGGAUGUGGUUGGGCAUCGCCUCCUUUGGGGUUCCGGAGAAGCUAGGCUGCGCCAACUUGCCGCUGAACAGCCGCCAGAAGGAGCUGUGCAAGAGGAAACCCUACCUGCUGCCGAGCAUCCGAGAGGGCGCCCGGCUGGGCAUUCACGAGUGCAGGAGCCAGUUCCGGCACGAGCGAUGGAACUGUGCGGUGGCGGCCGCCGCCCCGCCGGGCACCAGCCCCCUCUUUGGUCACGAGCUGAGCAGCGGUACCAAGGAAACAGCAUUUAUUUAUGCAGUCAUGGCCGCAAGCCUGGUGCACUCUGUGACCAGGUCCUGCAGCGCAGGUAACAUGACAGAAUGCUCCUGCGACACCACUUUGCAGAACGGCGGCUCAGCGAGUGAAGGCUGGCACUGGGGGGGCUGUUCUGAUGAUGUCCAGUACGGUAUGUGGUUCAGCAGGAAGUUCCUGGACUUCCCUGUCAGAAACACCACGGAGAAAGAAAGCAAAGUACUGUCAGCAGUGAACCUACAUAACAAUGAAGCUGGAAGGCAGGCUGUGGCCAAGCUGAUGUCAGUGGACUGCCGCUGUCAUGGAGUUUCCGGUUCCUGUGCCGUGAAAACCUGCUGGAAAACCAUGUCUUCUUUUGAAAAGAUUGGCCAUUUGUUGAAGGAUAAAUAUGAAAACAGUGUCCAAAUCUCAGAGAAAAUAAAAAGGAAAAUACGCAGGAGAGAAAAAGAUCAGCGCAAAAUACCCAUUCGCAAGGAUGACUUGCUCUACAUUAACAAGUCCCCCAAUUACUGUGUAGAGGAUAAGAAACUCGGGAUCCCAGGGACACAGGGCCGAGAAUGCAAUCGAACAUCAGAGGGUGCGGAUGGCUGCAACCUGCUCUGCUGUGGCCGAGGCUACAACACACACGUGGUGCGGCACGUGGAGAGAUGCGAGUGCAAGUUUAUCUGGUGCUGCUAUGUCCGCUGCAGGCGUUGCGAGAGCAUGACGGAUGUGCACACCUGCAAGUAAUCACCUGUCCAGCCUUGACGCAGCGACACACAGCGGGGCGUCCCCCCAGGCUGCCUCUCCCCAGCAGGCCUGGGAAUUUGACUCCCACCUUGGAGCCCCCAAUUCCCUAAUCUUCUUUCAGAGAUUCCUGUGCCUGAGCAAUGUCCAUCACACACUGCGCAUGUGAGUUUCUUGGGGUUUUGAAGUUGAAAAGGUUUGUGCUGGUCCUUGGUUGAUUUGGGGAACAUAUGUUGACAGAGAAGGAAGAUAAUCUGUCUCCUAAGCAAGAAAGAACAGGAAAGAACCUUCAUGCCAGCAGACGUGUCUUAUCAGGAUAAGAUCUUGACUAGAGAACUCAGUUAUAGAUUCCCUAGUGCUGAGUGAAUAUUGGCCAUUUUUAAAGACACCUCUUAGAGAAGCUAGGCGCAGUCAACACGGAUUUCCUUUAUUCUCAAUAUUUUAGAUGAAGAAAUCAUAUUAAGUAUGCAUAGAUUCAGGAGAGGAGAUGUUGAAAAGUGAACAGAUUGGGUGCUUAUUUACCCUUGCAUGCAUUUCAAAAGAAAGGCAACUUAGAAAGAGUAUCUGCAUAUGUGAUACAAUUAUUUUCUAAAAAGUAUUUAUUAGAGAUCUUCAGUGACAAAGGAAAGAAUCAAAAUGUAAAAAGUAGAAAGUGUGAUUUGGACUUUAAGUGCCUUUUAACCAGGAAAAUCUACCUAGAAAAUUAUCAGAAAUGUAUAUGGCAAUCUUUGAUUUUGAACUCCAUACUUUCAUUUGUAGGCCGGUGUCUGCUAUCAGAAACCCAGCUCUG